AAGAAGCCUCUUCGAUGCUUCACUUCAUCCCUCUACUUUUGGCUUUUCGCCAUCUUCGUCUCUGUCUGCAUCAAACAUAAGGAGGCCAAGAGCAAAAAUCAACUACACGCGUAGUUGACCUUACAAGCACAUACUAGUAUAAGCCCCUUUGCCUAGUUCCUCAUUUUUUUAUUCAUUUAUCUGACCACAUUUUCUCUCAAUUUUCUUUCCUUUUCUCUUUCUUUCCUGUUCUUACAAGCUUCAACUGCCUCCAUCCCUUCUUCCUCUUGUCGCUUUCUUAAUUUUAUAGACUUGUUUCUAAAUCUGUAAAAAUAGCGUUUGGGUUCGCGAGAUCUCUGUCUUUCUGCUCGAUCGUUGAAGUUUAAGUUGGAUUUGAGCUCAAUUUCAGGUGCUCGAAGGUCAUCUGAUACAAGCCUUUAUGCGAUUCUUUUCGAGUUUGAUUUGGAUAUGAUGGGGGGACAAUCUAGCAAGAAAAAAGGCGUUGAACCUCCACCACCACUCCAAAUGAAUAGCAAUUCUCAGUACACAGCAGACUUGAGAUCAUAUGAGGAUGCUUGUAAGCUUGAUCCAGACCUGCAAUCCUUUGAUGCUACCCUCCAUGAAAGGACUAACCGUAUCAUAAACACCCUUGCCACUGGUGCUGGCUUUAGAUCACUAUCUUUUGACUCUCUCAAAGAGGUCACCAAUAGCCUUCUUGACAUAAAUCAAGAUGUGGUCGAAGUUAUACUGCAAAGCAAGGAAGAUAUAUGGAAAAAUAAAGAUUUGUUUGCUUUGGUUGAGGAGUACUUUGACAAUAGUGCCAGAACUUUGGAUUUUUGUACUGCCCUUGAAAAUUGUCUUAAGCGAGCUCGGAAUAGCCAAUUGAUCAUACAAGUUGCUCUUAGGCAGUUCGAGGAAGAGGUAGCAUUUCAAGAUGGGGUUGCGGACAAGAAGUAUGUGAAGACAUUAGAGGAAUUAGGUAAGUUCAAGGCAGUUGGUGAUCCUUUUACUGAGGAUUUCUUUGUACUCUUUCAGUCGGUGUAUAGGCAGCAGCAAUCCUUGUUAGAGAAAUUGACACUUCAAAAGAAGAAGCUUGAUAAAAAAUUGAAGAACAUGAAAGCAUGGAGGCGGGUAUCAAAUGUGUUGUUUGUUGCUGCUUUUGUCUCUGUGUUGAUUUUCUCAGUGGUGGCAGCCGCCAUUGCUGCACCACCUCUUGUAACAGCUUUGGCAGGUGCACUGGCUGUUCCUAUUGGCUCAGUGGGAAAAUGGUGUAACUCACUUUGGAAUAGUUAUAUGAAAGAAGUGAAGGGCCAGAAGGAAUUGGCAAGCUCAAUGCAUGUUAGAACUUUCAUUGUAAUCAAGGAUAUGGAUAAUAUACGGCUACUUGUCAACAAAUUGGAACUGGAAAUUGAAUCACUCUUGCAAAAUGCGAGCAUUGCCCUUAUGGAAGAAGAUGCUUUGAAGCUUGUGAUAGAUGAGAUCAAGAAGAAGCUGGAUGUGUUCAUGCAAGCUAUUGAGGAUUUAGGUGAACAUGCUAAUAAGUGUAGCCGUGACAUAACACAGGCAAGGACAGUGAUUUCACAGAGAAUAAUCAGGUAUCUCGACCGCUGAAGAAGUCCUUGAAUAUUUGUACUAUUGACUUUGCCAAUUUGGUUAUGUUGUGUGAAUUUCAUGUUAUGGUUGGAAGGCGGUCUAACGCAUUGUAUUGUCCAACUCGAAUUCAAUCUUUAUAAAGAAAAUUAUAUUGUUGAGCAGGCUUAUGCUCUCUUAUCAGAAA